AUGGCUGCGACACCUUCCAACGGUCGUUUAAAACUCACUCCUUCCAACUCUCCUUUUCUGGCUCGCCCUUCUAGAUCCUCUAGAUCGCCUAUGCGUGGUCGCGCACACGAUGCUUCGAAGUUAUCCCUCCAGCGCGUUAUUGGCACAACAUGUUGCUCUCCCACAGGAUUCGAUACUCUCCCGUCUGUCUUUGCAUACAUAGCUGGAGGUGCUGUUAUAGUGGUGGAUGUUAAUGGCGAUAAUCACACUCAACGUUUCUACCGAGCCCGACCGACUGCCGUCCCACUCUAUUCCGUAGCAACCUUUCAAAACACACCCACAACGCCCUCGGGAACACCAAAGGCGAACGAUAGUCGGGGACGUGUAGGCCCGCGGUUCCCUAACUCACCACACACUUCGUCCGACUGGAACGAGUCUCCUAGCAAUACCUGGACAAGUCGCGAGCGGAUCAAGGCUGCAACAUGCCUUGCGUUGAGCCGCGAUGGAAAAUACUUAGCUGUCGGCGAGACCGGAUACUCCCCACGAGUUCUUGUUUUUAGCUUGCACGAUACUUCUUCUGACAGCCCUAUUAUAUCGAUCAGCGAGCAUGCUUUUGGGGUCAAUUGCGUUGCGUGGUCUGCAGACACCCAAUAUCUUGCGUCUCUAGGAGCCGCCAACGAUGGAUUUCUCUAUAUCUGGAAGGUCGACCCUCGCACAGGCGCGGCUAGACUUUACAAACAAAACCGAUGCACAUCAUAUGUGAAAGACAUGGUAUGGAUGGGCAAUUCUCUCAUCACAUUUGGCGUCCGUCACGUCAAGAUGUGGAAACCUGAUGAUGGCCCAACUAUUUCGCCUACGAAGCAGAAGUUCUUCAGUGAACAGCCGGCCUCUACUCCACCCUCCCAAAGAACCCUACCAGGGCGUAACAUCCUGCUAGGACCUCUCUUGGAGGAUACUUUUACUUGCGCUGCUGUCGUCAAAAACUCUAGCCUCAUCAUUUGCUCAGAAACGGGUGGUGUAUGUAUCAUGGCGGAGGACGACAGACAGAUGAAAUUGCAGAAGGUCCUUGGUUUGGACUUCUCCAUCUCGACUAUUGCUGUCAAGGACAAUAUUGCCUAUGUUGGUGGCAGACAUGGCCAUUUUGCUGUGCUUGACAUUGAAGCUGUUUUGGACGCCCGAUUGCCGUCCGCGUGUAUAAAAGAGGCCACAUUCUGCCCCCCAGGACAAGUUGCCCUGGGUUUUCUGACGCAUAAGCUUGUCACUAUUGAUUCGCAGCAGUCCAUUGACAUCUGGAGCUCAGACCAUGUGCCUGGCAAGGAUACCAAGGCAGUGGCCAGCAUUCCUAUCCCUGGACAUGGUCAACCUGUUACAGGCAUACAAGUUCUGGAGCGACCAAAUGAUCUGAACGCUUCGUUUUUGACAUGGACAGUGUCUGGGAAUGUUUCCUUCUGGACAUUGGAAGGCCAAGUUCAAGCCUCCAUUGAUGUACCAAUUGGAAUGACCGAACCAGAAAACGAACUGGAUUCGGCUAACCAACUUACCUGCGCCCGGGCAACGAAUGAUGGUAAACUUCUUAUUUCCGCCGAUAGAAUGGGCGUGUUACGAAUGACGGACAUCGCCACAAAGGAACCUGUUUUAGACAUCAAGGCACAUACAGCUGAUUGUCGGUCCGUCAGUGUCUAUGACAGGGAUGGCAAAUUUCUCAUGGCGUCUUGUGGACGAGACAGAACUGCACAGCUCUUCCACCGGACUGCAGGCGGAUCCAUUGAGCAUUUUCAGACAUUGGAAUUCGCUGCAAAGGUCGUGCAGGUUAUGAUUCCGUCCGAAGACAAGGUGUUGACCUGUUCAUUUGACCGAACAUUACAAAUCUACGAUAUCAUCACAAAAGAGGGCGAUCCCGAUUCUGUUGCCGCUAUCCCUUCCAGAGUAAUUUCACUCCGAGCCUCGCCUAGCUCAAUGGUUUUGGGCAUGGGCCAAAGAACUGUCUUUGUCUCUUUACUAGAUCGGUCUAUUUGCCAAUACGAACUCAACACGGGACGUAAGAUCUCUUGCUUCAAAUGUCAAGACGAGACAAAAGGCGAGUCGGCAGUUCUUGACUCGCUCUGUUUUGGGCAAUGGCCCCCCAAAGACCAAGACUUCCUCCUCGGAACAUCCAACACAGACAAGUCCAUUCGACUCUACGAUGCCCAGACUGGGAGCUUCUUGGACCGAGAAUGGGGUCACACCGAAGCGAUCAACGGUGUUUGCCUUAUCGAAAAUGAUGAUGGAAGCCGUAAGGUUGUGAGUGUCGCAUCGGAUGGAACAAUGAUGAUAUGGGGUCUGGAUUUAAGUGAUUCUCCGCCUAGUUCCACGAGUAGAGAACCGUCGCCAGCCAAGGACUCUGUAUCAGGACGACCGCCACUUCGCAGGGUCUUAUCUAAGGCUGAGCUAGCUGAAUUCCAACGACCUUCGCCGACAUCUGGUCGGAGAUCCCCACCCCGAACAUUACAGCGGAGGACUUCGCGAUUCAACUUGGCCGCUAGCGUCAGAACACCUACACAGGGACUCCCAACAAGCCCUAGUGGCACAUUGGCAGAAGAUACACCGUCAAGACGGCCUUCUGCCGACCCGCGGAAUAGUCCCCCAGUGUCUCCAAAGGGAAAGGUCACCAGACGACCUUCUCUUCCAACUCUAGGCUUAACUGCACGCAAAAAGACGUCCUCGUCAAACUUGCGAGGCUUUGGCUCGUUAAAUAUGGCGACAGAACAAACCUGCCGUCAACUUAGAUCAUACAGGAAGAAGCUUGCUUCCUCGGAGCCCAUUAGCCAAGAAAACCUGACAGAGCUAGAUCAGGAGUUGCGACUGACGGCAGCAGCUCUCGGUGACCGGGCUAUCCGAAGCAGAGCCAUGAACGAGACGGUCCUGAGUGGUCUCCUGGAUCAAUACUCAGAGAGACUAGUAACAUUACUGGACGAAAAGCUGCGUCUCAGCUACCAGCCGAGAUCUCCGACUGAAAAGGACGGAGACAGUCGAGACGGAGAUAGUCCAGAUGAAGAGGCUAGGCGCAUCCAUCUUCUUGCUCGACGUGAAGGCCCCUUGGAUAGCUGGCGAGGUGGACCGCGGGGCAUGACUCAACCAGCCUUCCACACGCCCCUCGAGUCGCUGCUAUUAUUCCAGUCGUUGGUAGACCAAGGAUUCGACAAUGGGGUCUUCGCGCGCAUCUCUGAGCAACUCAUCAACAACGCGCUCGUCAAGGAAGGAUCUACCUAUGAUCCUGCACGAUUAAGACCUGAUGCGCUUCAACAUCUUUUUCUGCGACUCUUGGGGGAUGAACUGAGGGGUGAGCACGAGAAGGCUGCGACCGACGAUCCGACAGCAUCACCGAACUCGCGAAAACGAAAGCUUGGGAGUCCAACUUUACCAACACUUAAGGAGAUUUACGAACAUAUCGACAAGAUCCCCCCGCUUAUGGAUCGCCUAUAUGCGCGAUAUAAGGAUAAUACCGUCGCGCAAAUUCGAGAGGAUGAGCGCCGCUUCGAGACAUUCCAAAAGGAAAUUCAAGCACUGGAGCGAUGUGAACGAGAACGACGUGCUAGAGUCGCGAGCCAGAAUGGGACACCCGUACUUGCUGCUCGUGAUCAGAAGCCUUCCGUUGCGCCUAACGGGUCAACAUCCUCACCUGCUACGGCAACAAGCUCGGCGGCACCAGUUCGAAGAGGCCCAACACAACAGACACCUGUGAUCCCACCCAAACCGCCUGUCUCCCACAACACACAACCAACAGUUGCACCACCUAGCCAUAUACCAACUGGAGCUGCAUCGAUCCGACCUUCGAUCUCACCAACUCCGCCAAAUUCUAACGGGUCGGUGCUUCAGCCUCCAGCAGGCGUCCCUCAGACAACACCACGACCAUUGCAGGCGCCACAACCUCUUAAGCAGAGCCCUGCUCCAAGACCAGACAACGGGGCCAAGCUGAAGGAUGGCAAUGCGGCUUCAGGAGCCGCUCUUAAGUGGGAGAAGCCUUAUCAACCGCCACAGACAGCUACACCACCUCCUCGGCAGGUUCAGUCACCCGUUGCCCAGGGACCAACAGCUCCUCCGCAAGCGCAGCAACAACAGCAUCUACAACAACACCCACAGCAGAUACCAUCGCAGCAGCAUUGGUACCCACAACAAACUGCUCAAUUCUCUCCUAAACCCGGUGCUCAGCCAUUAUCUCAUCCUCAAACGCCCCAGCAGGCUCGGCCACAACCUGUUGCUCCACAACCUCCCCAGGCACAGUCUCAAGCUCAAACUCAUCAUCAACAACGCCCUCACCCUCACCAGGUUAUUCAGCCACUACCACCAACGCAGCCAGCCCCCCACACUCCUCGGGCUCAGCACGCUACGCCGACACAACAUACUCAACAAAUCCAAAGAAGCAAGACGCCUACACACGUACAGCACGCUCAGGCUCAACAAACUUCACAAACUCAACCUGUCACCCAUGCUCAGCCCCAGUCUGUGCCACAACAGCAUCAACAGAAGCCACGGCCGAAUGCCGCAAAACCAGGCCUGGCACCACCGCAGCAUGCUGGUCAGCUAGCCCCUCCCUUACAGCCGGCACCUCCACGACCAGUUGCAGAGUCGCCCGGAGGCCAAACACUCCAUGCCCGUCCGUCUUCCAAGACGCCCGUGCCACAUCCUCGCCCUAUCCAACCCCCCCAAGGGCAGACUCAGCAGGUCCGGCAGAUUGCCGCAGGAUCCCCAGCUCCUAUCACAGCAAGUGCAGGUUCCAUUGCCCCUCCUCAGCAACGUUGGCCGCUUGGAUAUCAACCUCAACCCCAGCAUGGCUCACCUGUCAGCUCUCCUGUGCCAUCGGCAUCUAAAGCUGACAAGGCUCAAUCAUCGCAAUACGCUAAUCAACCUCCACGACCUGGCGUUUUGGGCCACAUCAUUCGCCAGGCUCUAAAUACUCCGAUUAAGAAACUGGGGACGCCAUCGGCACCGCACACGCCCAUCUCAGCAACACCCACUCACGUUACUCACGGGUUUGGAACAAAAUGGGCUCCACAUUCCACUCCGUCCACUCCGGGUCCUGGUCAUAUGAGUGCAGCACCUCAAAGUCCAGCUUAUGAGCCGGUUAGUCCUCCUCAAAAGCCUGUACCAUUACCGAGCUCUGCUGGGUCAACACCAAGACCGUUGAGAAAGCAAGCGCCCAAAGCAGCUUCGAAAGUCGAACAGACCGUCUCUAAGUCUGCACGCGGCCGGUCUGCCAGAGCCGGGCAGAAGGCUCGCGCAGUUAGUUCCACACCUUCUGUCAAUCGAUCCAGGCGAAGCCAAUCUAUCCUCUCUCACACUGAUGAGCCUCCGACUCAAACAAGUGAAUCAGCACCCAAAAUUAAGGAUGAAGAUGCUACACCUCGUCCCACCGAAGACACAGGCGAUACUACCGCCGAUGAGAGCGUCCCUGGUCGGCCCCAAAUAAUGACUCCUGGCAGUGUCUCUUCGCGCCUCCAUAAACGAAAAAGGCAAAUUACACCGAUCAACCCACCACCCGAGACAACUCAAGUUCUUUGGACGCGGGGUUUCACUAAAGUUUCAUCAUCUGCUCUGGAUCAGAUCUCUAGCCACCGAGAUGCAAACAUGUUUGCCAACAAGCUCCGUGAGAAGGACGCGCCAAAUUAUCGCCAGAUUGUGCUGCAGCCUCAAGAUAUAACAUCCAUUCGGGCUGCUAUCAAGCAUGGGAAUAAGGCGGCUGUUCAGGCUGCAGCCAGUCUUCCCGGCGGUGAUCCUGGUACUGCGCACGUAUGGCUACCUAUAUCUAACGAGCUUGUUCCUCCAAAAGGCAUUAUCAACAGUGCCCAGCUUGAGCGCGAACUUGUCCACAUGUUCUGCAAUGCCAUUAUGUACAAUGCUGACCCCGAUCGUGGUCCUGGGCCUGCCUUUAUGAAACGCUCCCAGGACGAGGAGGAGGAGGAAGUAGUGGGCUACCGCCUGGACGAGAAUGGCGUUGUAAAAAAUACCCGCAGCAUGUUUGUUGAGGUCGAGAAGCUCUUAGGUGAUCUACGAAGUGCAGAAAAGGAGCGUAGCGCGCCUCCACCUUCAGCUGUUCGUCCAGCUAGCGUCGCUACACCCGCUGAGGAAACGGGCGAUGACGAAGAUGAGGGUGAACGUGAGACUGGAACAGCCAAAAGGCGUCGCAUAGGAGCCCGGGGUUGA